CAACGACCCGUUACGUCACCAAAGAUGCGGAAGUUGGAGUCACCGUGGAGAACGUAAACUAAUGUCAAGCAAGCGCCUGAAAAAGCGAGCAAAGAGCGGCGGAAGCGCGAGAACAAGGAGCCGAGCGGACUCUUCACCUCCGGCUGGACUUUCACUGCUUCCGCCAUGGAACCUAGUUCACUUAGCUAGCCGUUACAGUUACUACUCCCGCACUUCGCCGUUACAGACAGCGUUACCGUGAAAUGGAGCGAGCGGGUGACCCGGAGUCCGCCGCGGUGCCGCCGAGCUGCUGCAGGGGUCUCUGAAAGCUGCAGACCCCGCUGCAUCCCAUCGUAUCCCGGAGCUGUUACAAAAGGCGUCGGCACCUCAACAAGGUUUCAGGAAACGGGAGAUUAAAAAUGAUGAAUGAUAACAGGAAAAAACAAGUGUAUAUUUUUGUGAGUUUGGGAUAUUCUUCAUCCUGAAACUGGAUCCAGAGUGGAGCCGACCAGCACUCCCAGCAGCUGCGACACAGCUGUCUCCGCGAGUAACGUCCUCGCCUCGUCUCUGGAGGGGGUCGGCAGGAGAGACUCAAACAGGCCACGAAUGUAUAAAGGUACCAGCUUGAUGUGUGUAUGUGCUGAGAGCACGGCACGUGGUCACUGGGCUGUCAGAAGAGCGCCCCCUGUGGAGCAGCUGCAGUUUUCCCCUGCAGGUGUACGCUGAUGUAACGCAAAGAGUGAUGAGGUCACAGGCUGUGGGCCGGUCCCGCUGCAGUGACGUGUGACAUCACAGUUUAAUCAGCCUGUAAUUCUGCACAUUAUCCUGAUACUGGACACCCCCCGCUCCCCGUGCUCCCCCCACCUUUCCUAAGCUGCCAUCUGUCACAGCUGCCCGUCAUUGGCUGUGAAGGAGCCGGGUCUGCGGAUGGCGGAGCGCCCGAUUGGCUGGCAGACUGUCUGGAAGGAGGAGGGGUAGGCGGGGCGUCAGCUGAUUACAGGAGAUGGGAAGUAGAGGUGGAGGAAGACGAGGAAGAGGAGGAGCUGAGCGCAGUCUGUAAAUCCACGAUGAGCCGGCGCUGCUGCAGACAACAAGUGUUCAGAGAGGAAGAGGAGGCCGAAGGAGGAUAAAACCAGCUGUAGCACGCAGAGAGGCGGGUUACCACGGCAACUGCCGCAGCGAGGACACACAGGUCGAAGAGAAGAUGUGCAGCUGCAGGAUGGAACUGGUGCCCCAGUCCUGCCCCUCACCAAAGACUAGAUGAAUUCUGUGCUGGACACCAACAAGUCUAAGGACCUUUUGGACUUGUAGCACAGGUCCACAGCAGGGAACUCUGGAGCGUUUUAAAGGAAGGGCAGAUAUGUCCCAGGCCGGUAAGGUCCUCCACCUGUACGUCGAGGUGAGGUCUGUUGCUGAGGAGGAAGGUAAGGUGCCGGGCCGAGGAGAUGAUGGUUCCAGUCAUCUGAUGCUUCAAUGUCCAGAUGUUCUCCCUCACUCUCAGAGGAGCUCUGCCUACUCCAGCCGGAACCCCAGUCCGGAUCUCUCUCCGAUACAGCACCACAUGGGGGGCGAGAACCACAGCUUGCCUCUCUCAAAGACCUCCUCCAGGCAGUCGGUCAACUUCCGGUCGAACGCCCAGCUUCAAGAAGAUGCACUGCAUGACAGGUUUGGGCAGUUACUUGAAGUCCUUACACCGGGAAUGACCGUUCCACGCCACCACGGCUCACUUGGACACAUCUGUUCCUCAGACAUGGAUCCCCACCAGAGGAGGGUGUUUAUCUCACCAUCAUCAACAUCCUCUGGGAGGCUGACUGUGCCCUCCACACCAGUCAGCGGUCGCAGGUACUGCGAGGUCCCAGGGGUGGAGGGCAAUGAGGGGAGGAAAUCCGUGGUGUCGUUUAGCUACAUAGAGAAAGCAAACGUGCACAACACGGCCGCCCGCCGAAAUUCUCUGUCUCAUAAUGAGCCGGACAGUCCUUUCAAGGAAAUGGGAAGCAGGAAGGUGCUGCCCGCUCACCUUCGGAAGAGGCUCAGCGAUCCAAUGUCGUACAAUGGUUACCUGUCACAGAGCCACACCUGCCCGGCUCAGAGUCCAGCCCCACGGGGCUCACCUUACCUGCAGAGAGCUAACCUGGACUCAGUGGCCAGAGGUGCCACCUACAGGGCCCUUGAGGAGUUUGGAUCUCCAGAGCUUAUGCGCAGAUUUGGAGGUCACCGAUUUGAGAACAGCAGCCCCUCCCUGCCUCGGCAUUAUCAGCCUUCUCGCUGCCAGUCCUGGGGGGGCUCACCUGACCUGCCCCGCAGCACCCUCACCCUGCCGUGCAAGACCCAGCUCAUGGAACUGGACAGGACCCUCUCCCGUAGUCCAGUGAACGGAUUACCCAGAAGUCCUGCCUCCAACCAUCUGUGUGCCCACACUAGCUGCUGGUCUUACUCUGCAGAUCCAGCUGCUAAACUGCACUCCAAUGGCCCGACUCAGAGCAAACCCAGGCCGUGGAUGGGAGACGAGAACCCUAGACACUCAAGUAAAUUUCACCCACCGUUACCUGCAGGGAGGCCCACAGACAUCCAGCAUGAGGUUCAAACUAACGUAUUACCUGCCAGCACUUCCUGCACACCUGGGACCUCUCAUCACAGCGCCCAUAAUGCUAACACUACCAACACCAGCCAAAAAGCCACAGACGGGAUAGACAGCAGCUCAAGCAAUAAACUGAAUUUAACCAGCAGGAGUCCCUACAGGUUGUCACGCUGCAGCAGAGCGAGUGACGCAGCCAGCGAUGUCAGCGGCAGGAGGAGUGCCUCCCCAUCCUCAAACCUCGAUGUGGCUUCUAAGUUAGCUCUGGAGGCCAGCAGACUUUCCAGCAUUUUUGCAGAGAGACGAACUCCGACUCCUCCUGAGUCUUUUCGGCCCGAGAGUCCCAAGACUGCACGGAAAGAAUCACAACCGUACUCCGCCCUUUAUGGACGGAGCUCCCCUGAGCUUUUACAGGUGGAUCCCUGGAACCACAGCCGGAAAACUGACAAGGAAGUACCUCACACUAAACCAGGACGAAUCUCCCCAGUCUCGUCACAGAAAGGCCUCUCCUCACCAGCAUCGCCAGCCAUGCCUGCUAGAUUGUACCGUGCAGCUGCCUCUCAGUCACCUGAACUGGACCCACGGCAGAAACGGAGCGCAUCACCUACUAAGGACAUGUCCUCCCUGCACCGCUACCAGCCGCCACAGUACACCGGAGACCACAGGUCACCUGGCGUGGAGCGAAGACAGUACGAUCACCUGUCUGAGAGAUCACCCAGAGACAGCCCUGAAAUCACCAGGAAACCUGUCUCCAGACCGACCGUGGAAGCUUUGCCUGUGAGCUGGACCUCCAGGCAGCAGGAGUGGAUGGAGGACAGGAGCGAACUCAAAGAAAACUACCGUCAGGCACCUCCCAGAGUUUACGUUUCACACAAAGACGAGAGUCGUGAAAAGGAUGGGGGCGAUAAAGGGGUGAAGACAUCGGGGCAGGAGCAGCAGAGGCUGGGUGUGGGCGUGACCAAGGAUCAGACAGAGGACGUCCAGGACCACAGCGGCGGUGCCGGGCCGUCCUCUCACAGCUCCAGUGGAGUGACGGGGAGCCUGAGGGACAGUCUGUCCCCGGAGACCUCGAGCCAGUCGAGCCACGAUACGGCAGACGGUGGCUCCGGGAUGCAGUCAGACGUCGGAUCAGCAACAGCUCUGUCCUCCAGGUCGCAGAAGAUCGCCCAGGCCAAGUGGGAGUUCCUGUUCGGAAGCCAGAAGAGCCGCUGCAGUAAAGACGCUCCGUCCACGACGCCUCCGACCAGCAGCUCGCCCAGUCCCACCCCACCCUCUUCCCUCCAUCUGAAACCAGCCAAUCAGAGGAGGGGGCGGGAAACCGAGGGACAAAAGCUGUCUCAUCACGAGGUCCAGCAGAUCGAGGUGGAACUGGUGACCGCCGACCCUCGAGGCUCCUCCCCCAAGACUGGCAUCAUCCGGCGAACCCUCAAAUACUCGGAGACGGACCUGGACGCCGUGCCUCUGCGCUGCUACCGUGAGACCGACCUGGACGAGGUAAUGCGGGCGGAGGCAGCCGAGGAGGCGGACUCGGCCUUCGGGAGUAACCGCAGUGUCCUCGGAAACUCCAAUUUUAACCCCGCUGACCCCUCCCCAAAAUCUCGCUCAGGUGGAAGGAAGGAGGUUGAUGGGGAGGAGGAGGAAGACGAGGAAGAUGAGGAAGAAGGAGGAGUGGUGAGCUGGGCCAGCGUCAGGAUGCAGGGAGACCGACAGAGACAGAAAGCCAUGAAGGAGGAGGAGGAGGUGCUCAGCCUGCUGCUGAAGGGGUCGCCCGAGUCCUCCGACAGCCACGGGGGCCUCAAGUCUCCGAUCUCCAUCGGCAGCCCCCGCCGACCUUCCGACAGCAACCUGGACUCCUUCAGCCGCCACUUCGAGAGCAUCAUGGAGUCCCACCGGGCCAAGGGCACGUCGUACAGCAGCCUGGACAGCGUGGACCUGCUGACCUCGGGAUCCACGUCCGUAUUCACCUUCGACCUCCCCACCCUCACGCCAGAGAUCCAGAGUCAGAUCUGCGAGAGCGCCAAGCAGAUUAUCGAGCUCAGCUUCGCCCCGCUGGCCCGUCCGGACCCGUCCGCCGCCUCUGAAACGUCUCGCUCCGAACUUGCACUCUGCGCCUCGGGGGCGGGGCUCCGAGGAGGCUCCAAGGACGACGGCGGCCCUCCGGUCAGGUCCAAGUCGGAGAGAGAGUCGUGGCGUCGCUCCAUCCUCAAAGACGGCUUCAGGAAGGCGAGCUCGACACCAGCGCUCCACAGCAGCAUCAGCUGGUGGAUCAAACCAGUCUCAGCUCAGAUGGGGGGAGCGCCAGGUGUCCAGAUUGGGCCUGAUGAAAAAUGGAAAUGGACGUUUUCAACAACAAGGAUCUGGGCGUGCAUCCUAAUGCUGUCAUCCAUCUCCACCUGGGAGCGUCCAGUGAAUCGACCGCCCGAGCUGCUCUACCCGCAGGCCGAUGUGGCGGAGCGCCUGGCACUCGGCGGCAGUGACGACACGCUGGCCAACGGCAUGAAGCCCGACCUGGAGGCAGCUAAACGUCUCGCCAAACGCCUCUACAACCUGGAGGGCUUCAGGAAGUCUGACGUCGCUCGCCAGCUCAGCAAGAAUAAUGAGUUCAGUCAGAUGGUGGCCGAGGAAUAUCUCACCAACUUUGACUUCACGGGUCUGACCAUCGACCAGGCGCUCAGGAUGUUUCUGAGGCAGUUUGCUCUGAUGGGGGAAACUCAGGAGAGAGAGAGAGUCCUCGCUCAUUUCUCCAGGAGGUACAGACAGUGCAACUCGGAGAGCCUGACCAGCGAAGACAGCGUCCACACUCUGACCUGUGCCAUCAUGCUGCUGAACACGGACCUGCACGGAAACAACGUGGGCAAGAGGAUGUCCUGCAGCCAGUUCAUCUCCAACCUGGAAGGACUCAACAACGGAAAAGAUUUUCCCAAAGAUCUGCUCAAGACGCUGUACAGCUCCAUCAAGAACGAGAGGCUGCAGUGGACCAUUGAUGAAGAGGAGUUGAGGAAGUCCAUGUCGGAGUUGGCGGACAUUCGAACAGACUCUGCCUCCCACACCAUGAAACGCCUCGGGAGUAGCGGAAACCCGCUGGUGGGCGUGGCCCAUCAGGCCGAUGGCGAGCUGUACAAGAGCGGCUUCCUGGUCCGCAAAGUCCACGCCGACCCCGACGGGAAGAGAACGCCGCGGGGGAAGAGGGGGUGGAAGUCCUUCUACGCCAUGCUGAAGGGCAUGGUCCUCUACCUGCAGAAGGACGAGUACCGAGCUGAGAAGGAGCUGACGGAGGAGGACGUGAAGAACGCCGUGUCCAUCCAUCACUCUCUGGCCAUGCGGGCUGCCGAUUACAGCAAGAGGCCCAACGUGUUCUACCUGCGGACCGCCGACUGGAGGGUCUUCCUGUUCCAGGCCCCGAACGCUGAGCAGAUGCAGUCGUGGAUCACGCGCAUCAACGUAGUUGCGGCCAUGUUUUCUGCUCCCCCGUUCCCGGCCGCGAUCGGGUCCCAGAAGAAGUUCAGCCGUCCUCUACUGCCGGGAUCCAACACUAAACUGUCACAGGAGGAGCAGGUCAAAUCUCACGAGAACCGUUUCAGGGCGGUGUCCUCUGAGCUGUCUGACCUCACCGCCGCUACGCCGGACCGAAAGGUGAAAGGUCGUGAGCUGGAGGAGCAGAAACUCCGACAGGAGUACCUGGAGUUUGAGAAAACCCGGUACGGUACGUACGCCAUGCUGCUUCGGGCCAAGCUGGCGAGCGGCGAUGAGGACCUUUCCGCCUUUGAGGCUCGGCUGUUUGAUGACGGCGGCCUGCAGAGGGCGCACUCCAGCCCCUCGCUGCCCCAGGACACCACCAACAAGGAAAAGACCCGCAGCUCCAAGACGUCAAAGAGCCUGAAGGUCACGUCCUCCUCGACCUCCAAGGCCGGCGGCAGCAGCAGCAGGGAGGCGAGCAAGAAGAAGAACGGCGGUGGGAGCGGCCAGCGGGCGGAGCUGGAGAAACAGAGCAGCAAACAGGAGGAGGCGCCGUAAAGGGGUGAGGACGGCGUCGUGUAAGUGUCAUGUAGCUGGAGACGGACACGGAGCAUCAUGGGUAGCAGGCUGACAUCCUCCUUUAAACCUUUUCUGUUAAACCUCAGUCGCCUGAUUGGCCGAGACGUUCGAGGUCCGCGGGAGAGGAGACGCCUGUCAGGUCUGAGGGCGACCCGAUGGGCGAGUCGUCCAGGAAACACUAACACGGUUCAUCGCUCAGCCGUCCCUUUAUUUCCCAUAGGCCUCAGCAGGAACGGACAGCUGCAGACUUUCAGAAUAAAAGCUUUACUUCCUGCUGGAGUGUGAGUAGCCGCUCAGCUUUCAGCUGCAGCGGGAACUUUUUAUUUUAGUCCUCGACCUCACCGCCGCCGCUCUGCUUCUCCCAUUAACCCACAGGAGAGCGGGUUGCCAUGUCGACGUUAUGUGACGGACAGAGUGCGUGGGACUGUUGCCAUGGCAACCGAGCAAAGGGGACAAGAGAGCGAGAGAUAAACAAACAAACAAAGGGAGCGGCCACACAGGAACGCCGAACCUCCUCGUCCUCUGCACUCCACUGAGCGCGUGCGAGUGUGUGUGUGUGAGUGUGCACAGUAAUCACAGUAGUGCUGCGUUGAUGUGUAAAUACAGCCUGAACAUGCUGGAUGGAGACGGGUUUUUAGUUUUUCUGACUUCUGCUGGAAAAAAACAGGCUGUACGGAAGACCAUUAGUGACAAAAAUCUGCUGAGGGAACAAAAUAAAACUUCAGGAGUUCACACUGCAGAGAGCCAGGUGUCUUAUUUAUUCAGAUUUUGAUGUUUUGUUGUUUGUACUACUUGAAAAUCUUUAACUUUAAAAACCACAAGUUAAAAAUCUCAGUGUGAACUUUUAAAUAAAAAUAUGAGGAUAAAUUUAAAUUUAAGAGAGAAAUUUUGGAAAAUCGAACAUUUUUGGUGAGAGUAUGUUUAAUUUUUUCUCUUGUUGAAAAAGUCGGAUUUGUUUUGCAGCUGGUUUCACUCUGUGGGUUUUGUCACUAAUGGGCUUCCAUAGUUUCUGUGUGUGCUGGAAUCCGUCCACCUCAUCGUCAUGAGGACGGUGUUCUUCUUCAUGUAAAUCUCAUUUAACAUGUUUGUAAAGUGCUGUGGACCAAACAGGUGACAGGUGGAUUCGGUCACAUGACCGUAGGAGAGGAGGAGUUGAGAGUUAUUAUUGUGUAAACCUUUCUCGUCGUUGACAUCCAGGAAGAAGCACCUGACAGCUUUCUGUUAAAGAGCCGUUUGUUUCAAAUCCUGACCAGCGUGCUGAUGUUCAGCAGCAGUUUCCUCUUUCAGCCACCAGGGGUCGCCAGAGUGCUGUAAGCGUCCACCAACAUGUUCUUCACUGGCGGAGGUCGUCAGUCAGGGUGUUAAUGUGACAGCGUGGUCUCGUCUGAGCUCAACGCUGUGUGGAAAUGUUGUUUCCCACUUUGAGAGUUUAGAUUACAGCCCAGAGCGUCUCUGACACCAUGACUGAAAACGAGAUGUGUGCCAAAAACUGAACAUUAGUCCUGAAUCACAGUGUUGAUGGACGUGCGUUCAACCAGAGGGAUCUAAUCUGCUCUGUUUACAUCCAGGUUCUGAGAAUAUUAUAAAUAAUCUACACAAUCCUAACGUCUCCCUCUGAUCCGGUGAAGAUGACUUCCUGUUCAGUAGGUACUCUUUUAAUUCUGAAAUAAGUGCUGACCUUUAUUUUUUAGACAGUAAAAUCUGUGACUUCAGGUGGAUUUGAAUAUUGGCACUCUGUGACUUCUGUACCUCAGCAGGUCUGAAGCUCAGGAACAGGAAGUUUUUUUUUAUGUAAAGCUGCAGAGUUUGCACGAUGCAGCUCAUCAGGCUGACAGUGACAGGGAAGGCCUCCAGGUGGCAGCAGAGGAUCAAUGUUGAACUCUAACGUCAGGGAAAAACUCUGAAGCUUGUUUCUGUCACUGUUGGCCACGUAAUGCUGGAACCGCCGGCGUCGUCUGUGGAGGAAACUCGAGGCUGUGGAAAAAAGAGAAAAAGGGGAAACGGCAGCUUCCACGCUGAAAUCAGGAAAAACGUUCUGGACUAUUAUCUCCAGAACAAGCGUCUCCACGCUGUGUUUCAGCUGCAGGUACAACGCCACAGAGGGAACAUUUCAAAGGUACCGAACAGAAAUCAGUUCUUUGUGAACAUUUUUACCUCAUAACAUGAAACCCGGGUCACUGGGAGUCUUCAUGUGACUGAAAACAAGGAAAAAAACGCUUUUAGGUAUUCUGGACACAAGAAGUCCGCUCAGUUUAAGCUGGCGUCUUUGGAAAAACCUGAAUCCAUCCUGAGUUUUAACCUGCAUUCUGUCUAAUGUCCAGCAGGGGGCGGCUUGUAUAGAAGUGAACUUGUGGUCUCAGUUGCAGCUUUCAGGUCUUUGUUUAUAAAACAGACUCAUCGUAGUUUUGUCCGUGUUUGAGGUUUGCUCCCCUCGCCUUCUCGCAGUUCCCGACGUGAGGCUGGAAGAUUCAGCUGGGGGCGUCUGUGGCAUCAGCUAACAGGGCACUGCUGCAGAGCUGUGAUUGGUCCAUACCAGGAACACAGCCUGUAGUUAAAAGAUGGACGGCGCUCUGGGGAACGAGUCAUGUUUGGAGCACUUUUGAGGAACUGCGGCUCUGAAUUGUUCGGCUCGUUCGCGACGCUCUCGUCUCGUUGGCCCGUCUCUGAGCACAGCUCCGCCGGUACCUUUGAAAUGGCUCCGAACUCUCUGCUGAUUCCUGAAGAGUCAGCAUCCGUUUGAAAAUCCAUCCUUCUUCUCUUCAACAUCAACACGCCUACGGCUGCAGGAAUCAUUUUUCCAUAUGUAGAUGCAGCGUGAUCUUUCAGAUUAGGAUGAAGGAUGAGGAGGAGGUCGGGGUGGAUGGAGGGUGAACAAAGCCCUCGGGUCUUCUGAGCUCUGGUUGAGGUUCAGGAAACCAUUUUGGUUCAGUGUACAUAAAUCGUUUGUGGCUUUUUCCUGAGCCUGGACCUGGAGCUGCGCGCAGGUGACCGCCGGGCGGCAGGAUUUGGGUCAGCGAUGCCGUGGAUCUCCGUGCGGAGAAAUCGCUGCUUCGCCUGCUAACUUUUCUCGUUUCUGCUCCCGCGGUGCCGACUCCUAUUUAUCUCCCACAUAUCCUGUAACACUCCGUGUAUUUCCGCACUGUGCAACGUGAAGCAGCGUAGGAUGACUUUGUGUGAGCGUCGCGGCCGCUUUCAGCUCUUCGUCUGUGUCCUGUAAAUAAAUGUUCGCAUUAACCUCGAGAAGCCAUAUCGUAGUUGGGCUGGACGCCUAGCUAGCACUCGCUGCGUUUUAGAGCACUUUGGUUUAGAUAUUUUAGAGUGACGCAGAGGUUGAGCCUCCUCAGAGAGGCGGCGCCAUUAAUUUAUUCUGCUCGUCUCUUGAAGGACGACAAACUAGUUCCUGUGAAAACUUGCUUUGUUUUUGGGCUUUGCUGCGGCCUGAAUGUUCGCCGCCGGCUCGCCGAUUAGUAUCUGUACAUACGCUGUCACUUCCUGUGAGGUUUGGUAUUAGUGAAACGCAAACAACUUGUUUGUAUCAUCCUGAAGGCUUCGAGGCAAAAAAUAAAGAGAUUUUCAAAAGAAAA